AUGCCUACUCUUUUCUUCUUCAUUUUGGUAAUCAUUGUUUUGAUAUCGGCUCUUUCUUUCAUUGGGCUCUGGCAGGGUAAGAGGCAGCUCGGAAGCGUAUCGCCUCGAUGCAGAGGUGACAACCGUGGUCUGAAGACCUCAGAUCCGAAAUCCCUAUUAGAUAUCGAGGAACGCGAGAGCUUUGCAACUCGUCAGGAAGGAGAUGGAGGCGAUACGCUGCUUGAGACCGGGCAAGAAAAGCAGUCACCUCCUCCUACGUCUUCCCUUGGAUUGCCGCUGCGCGAACAAUGGUUGCACGCACUUCCACCGCCUCACGAAGACCUUCACAUCCAGCCAGCAUUCUGUCCAACAACCGCACAAUUCGGCAUCACGAGUGGCCAGCUCGCAAUGAUGGUGCGCCAGCAGGAUGGACGGGAUCAUCGAGACGAAAUCACGUUCCAAAAUUCACGUUCAGGGAGCCCACUUACAAGCCUUUCGCCAUCCCAGCCUUGUCCCAACGUUGAUGAAAAAGAAAAUAAGAACGUGGAGCUGAAAUUUGUUCGGUACUAUCUGGAAGCUGAUGUGCGCCAGGUCUGGAAACGGAAAAUCUUGGCUUGUGCUGGCAGCUACUAG